AGGAGAAGGGGCUGCCCCGAGGGCUUGAAGGCGCCCUCUUUUCUCAGCUCUCUUUCUCCCAAGGGAGUUUCUUACUCCUCCUAAACAAGCUGCAGAAGAAAAGUAGUUACACAAGUUUGCACCUUACGCAAAGCCCCUGUGCUGCGCGGCUCUACUUUGCUAGACGCCGGAGAAAUUUCUCCGAUCCUUGGAGAGGCCAAUCCAGAGAGAAAGAGAAUCGGCGCAGCGGCGUCGCCGGAGGGGAAGGCGUUCUUUGCCCGGACGGGAACUGGGGAGCCAAGAUCUGCCCUUCGCUCGCAGACCAGCGAGAGUUCAGACUCUCUCCUUGCCUCGGAGACGUCGAGGAGCAGCUGCCGCCGCCAGCAUGUCGAAGGCGGCGGCGGCCGCCGGAGCGGCAGCGGGAGCGGAAAGUUGCGGGGUGGCGCCGGCCGAAGACCUUUCCAAGGUGUCCGACGAGGAGCUGCUGAAGUGGACCAAAGAGGAGCUCAUCCGCAGCUUGCGCAAGGCUGAGGCCGAGAAGAUGAGCGCCAUGCUGGACCACAGCAACCUGAUCCGCGAGGUCAACCGGCGCCUGCAGCUGCACCUGGGCGAGAUCCGGGGGCUGAAGGACAUCAAUCAGAAGCUGCAGGAAGACAACCAGGAACUGCGAGACCUUUGCUGUUUCUUGGACGACGACAGGCAGAAAGGCAAAAAGGUUUCCCGAGAGUGGCAGAGACUUGGCCGGUACAGCGCUGGCGUCAUGCACAAAGAAGUUGCUUUGUAUUUGCAGAAGCUGAAGGAGCUGGAAGUGAGGCAGGAAGAGGUGGUGAAAGAGAACCUCGAGCUGAAGGAACUUUGUGUCCUGCUGGAUGAAGAGAAGGGUGGUGUUGCAGGGUGCCGAAACUCGAUAGAUAGCCAGGCCAGCCUCUGCCAGCUAAAUGCCACCAGUACGUACAUAAGGGAUGUGGGGGACGGAAGCAGCACCUCCAGCACCGGAAGCACAGAUAGUCCUGAUCAUCAUAAGCACCAUCCAAGCUCGAGUCCCGAGCACCUCCAGAAAACAAGGAGCGAAGGGAGCCCUGAGCAUCAAAAGCACAGGAGUGCUAGUCCAGACCACCUCCAUAAACCCAGAAGUUCUGGCAGCCCUGAUCACCAGAAGCAUCUGAAAGGGCCAAGCCCCGAGCACCACAAAACCAUUGGCAAAGUGGCCCCCGAACAGCAAAAGCACAGCUGUAGCAGUCCGGAAACCCUGCCCAAGCACAUGUUGAGUGGUAGCCCUGAACAUUUUCAGAAACACAGGCCUGGGAGCAGCCCGGAGCACCAGAAGCACAGCAGCAGCAGCAGCCCGGAGCACCUUCAGAAGCACACUCUGAGCGGAAGCCUGGAGCAUCUCCCCAAAGUGAGGGGCACCAGCCCUGAGCACCUCAAGCAGCAUUAUGGGGGCAGCCCAGAGCAUCACAAGCACUUGGGUGGAGGCAGCAGAGAAGGCACUUUAAGGAGGCAAGUCGCGGAUGACCUGUCCCCCCAUCACAGGGGCCUCUACAACGGGAUGAAUGAACCAACCUUGUCCUAUGUUAGGCAGCUGGAAGCAAGAGUAAGACAGCUGGAGGAGGAAAAUCGCAUGCUGCCCCAGGGUCCCGUUAGGAUGCCAUCAGGGGCAGAUGGGAAUUUCUGCUCUUCAAGGCCUCCAGCUAGCUUCAGUGACCAGGCCUCCUCGCCUUCUCAGCAGCCUGAAGCGAUGGUUAAUGCCCUCAAGGUUGUGUGGAGGAAACUUGGAGAUGCUGCAGGCUCGUGUCCUGGAAUUAGACAACACAUGUCUGGAAACCAGUAUAAAGGACCAAUGUAAAUGGAUACCAAAACAGAGAAGAGUUUCAGCUGCUGGUGGAUUUGACCUAGUCACUGGUGCCUCUUCACUAACAAUGCUAUAACUCCAUGCGCGGUCUGGAUUGAAUCUGGAAACUGGUACAAGUUUUUUUUUCCUCAAGAAGACUUGGCUGUAAAGUAUCCAAAUCUCCUGGCAUUCCGUAUAUAUCAAAAUGCAACUCUGCCUCCUUUAAUCCUGCCAGGAACAUUUCAGCGUAGAUUCUGAAGAGAAUACAGCUGAUAUCGUCAAGGCUGCUCAAAAUCUAACCUGGAAAACCAGAAGGCAAAUCCAUGGAGGAAGUGCUUAUUUUUUUGAAAGCUGCAGUGGAUUCCUGUGGAGAUUUUCCCAGGAGCUUUUCACCAGAUUGGAGAGACGCCAACAGACUGUGCCUUUGGUCUUCACAGUUUGGGGAAAGUCUGUUACCCCUGGUAGUCCCACACCUGAGCGUGACAAACGUUAGUUAAUGGUGCUUAGGCAAAUUGCAGCAGAAACAGUUUCUUUUCUGGUUUGUAGAAUACUUGCAUUCUGAGGUGCUAAAAGGCCUUCAAGUCUCUUAACCAGCCAGUAGUGUAGCAAAGAAAUCUACAGCAGAAAAAUAAAAAGCCCCUACCCCAAACAAAAGGGGGGAAAUCCCAUUUAUUUUUAUUCGUCUCAAUGGAUGUCUUCUAAAGAGAAGGCAAAGUCCAUUCAGCGCACUUAGCAGCCCAAUCCUAAAGUAACCUCAGUGAUGGAGCACUGAAGGGGAUGUGCUGGUGUAACAGGCAAGACCUCCUGUGUGCUGCAGACAGGAUAGAUCCAUGCUGAUGUCAGGUGGCUAAUAGAUGGUGGUUGCCUCCGCCAGUAGUUUGAAGUCUUAGCUGUACAAUGAUAGCAGUGGGAUCCAUUAUCAAGCCUAGCUGGGGAUUAGGCAUGCCCUUUGGAUUGCAUAAGUAGGAACUAAAGAAGCACUCUAAAGAUAAGGUGAGGGGUAUGCAAGGAAGGACCAUCUGGCUUGGGGGAGACAGGUAAAGGGAGUGCUUUAGGGUAUGGCCCAUUAAAAAAGUUACAAAAGGACUUCCAUGCAUUCAGCGGGCUGGAACCAAUCAGGGGUUGGGAUGUGCUGAAAAACAACAUCGGGGCGGGGGGAGAGGGGCCCAAUUCCUUACUUGAGGAACUUCCACACAGGGACUUGGAAAAAUAUA